GCAUGCGCGAAAUCAUGAGGACGAUGCGGCGCAGACGCACUGAAGCACAAACAGGGGAACUGAAUUCCCCGGAACAAGUGGAACUCUAAAUAAGGCUUGUAUAAGUAAAUAAGUAAACAUGGCGACGAAGAACAGUGCGGAAGAAACGGUCGAAAACAGUCAAGGGUCACAUGACAAAGACAACAUGACAACGACAGAGUACUGCCAGCGGCUGCAGCAGUGGAUGUGGCGCUAUCACAGUGGUUAUGUGAGCUGGCAGAGCUGGGUGCUCAUGUCCGCGCCGCUCUUUCCUCCUCAGCUCGGGUGUCAGACACCCGGCGGCAGCUCCACAUCUGUGUGUGCCGCGACGCCCGCUGAUAUCGCCGCUUGGUUUAACCAGACGAGCAGCCCAGCAGCCCCUGCCUCACCCAGCACUGCUGACCGAGGCCCAGCACAGCCUGCAGGUAGAGAGUACACCAUCCCCUCCCCUCUCCGUAGAUUUCUGGCUGAAACUGUGGAUUUCUUCAUUCUCUUCUGUGUUAAGGCAACCAUAGUGUUGUGGAUCAUGCAUCUCAGUGGAAUAAAAGAUGUCUCCAAGUUCAUGAUGCAGUUUAUCGUGGAAGAGAUUGAUGAGAACACAUCACUGGAGGACCUGCAGAAGAUGAUGGCCGUGGCUUUAGCAUACAGAGUCCUAGUGUGUGUCUAUGAAAUCAUCUGUAUUUGGGGAGCUGGUGGUGCCACUCCUGGAAAGUUCCUGCUGGGGCUUCGAGUCGUCACAUGUGAUACGACAGUCCUAGUGCAGCCGAAUCGGGUUUUUGUGGUACCGGCAUCCAAUGUCAGCUUAUCUUCCUCCACUGUACGGGCUUUAAACAAAAACCUCUCCAUCGCCUUCCUGUUCCCUAUCUUUAUCACGUUACUAUUUUUCCAGCACAACAGAACUGUUUAUGACGUUGUGGCUGGAACCAUCGUGGUUCAGAGGAGAAGAGCUAGAUGACCAGCCUGCGUGUGUCAAAAUCAUGUGAAAGCAGCUCCUGUCAAGCAUCAAGUGCUUUCAAAUGUUCUCAGUACUUUUUUCUAAUGAUAUCCAUAUAGUAUUUCCUGCAGAUUUGCACUAAUGAUCCAUGUAUUAAAGUCUGAUCACAUA